UGGUGCUGUUACCGCAUCCGGCUUCGCUUCCCUUUCGUCCUUCAGACGCAUUGAACUGCUGCAAAGAGUCGACAUGUCAGGCGUUUUGCGCGGCGUUUUGGCUGCGCGGUCUCUCUUGCGGGCACCGGCGAUGAGCCAGCGCGCAGGCCUCACCACCAAACCGGCUAAGGAACCAGUCGGCGCUGCUGAGACUGCGAUUAGCAUGACGGUGUUCAUGAUUGCCAUUUUGGGACCUUCUGGAUGGGUCUUGGCCAAUCUAGAGUCCUACAAGGAAAGAAAAUGAGCUCGACAGGGCCUCCAGCACACCAUCCGGUGACGUUCGACUGGGGCCAGCACCCUUCGACAGGCUUCAUCUCCUAAAACCAACGUGGGGAAGAAUCCACCGUUCUCCAAGUCUUCGCCCUUCUACCUCUCCAUAGGAGUGUCCACUCUGUCUAAACUUCAGCCAUGGAUGUGGAGACCUGAACAAGACAAUGACACAGUUUUAUUUGUUCCUCCUGUUGAGUGUUACAAUAAAAUAUUAAUUUAAACCUCAAA